AUGGAUUUCUUUGAUGAUCUUUUCACUUCUGAGAGAAUCGAUGAGGAGUUUGGCAUUCGCCCUACCUUGGAUAGAUGCACUGCUCCACUACGUUUGCAAAAUCCUCUUCGGGCAGAAGGGAUUUACGCUGCAUACAGUGGAAAUUAUAACAAUCUCGGGUCUCAUGACAUCGAGCGAAAGUGCAGUGAAUCCUUUUUCACGUACUUCAAAUCGGAGCUGGAGAAGAAGAACACACAAAAAAUCAUUGACCCAGCAAUCUUUUUUGGAAUGUUUUUUACCGAUUGUUUCUUUUGCUCUUAUCUCAUCGGUGAUUUGCAAUUCGACCAGUACAUCAAAACAGCAAGAAAACUGAUGCAGAGACAAGAAAAUGCUUUCCUUAACACACCGGGACUCAAUUUUCGGGCUGAUGAGGACAUUCAUAUCUCACGCCAAACUCGUGCCUACCAUGCCGCAAGAAUAUUGCUGCAAGAUGUCUUGAUCACAUAUGUUGACCUAACAGACGGGAAAAAGGAUUACAAACCCAUGCAUGCUUCGGAAGAUGGCCCGUGGCUGAUCUGGAAGCUGACCGGGACACCAUGGACCUUUUGUUAUCUUCGUGAAGGUGCGUUGUGCUGCUACUCUAGCACCCAGUAUAUAUAUCUACCAAUGAACACGAUGAGAUGUCUAUAUGAGGUGGUUUGUGCUCGCUCGCUGGUCUUUCUAGCUUGUGAUCUCGCUCAGGCAGACAACAAUCCACUGUAUCCUAAAACAUCUGAACUCGUCAGUGUGAUAAAAGCAGGUGAUCAGGUGCUAUUGGAUCGAGGGACUCAAGGUUAUCAAACUAUCAAGCUUUUGGAAGGGCUUGUCAUUGGGCUGGUAAUUCGAAAAAAGGACCCUGGAUUCAUUAAUGAGAACACGGACUAUUUCGAUAAGUUGACAGAGGACAUCAGAAUUGGUGGAACCCCAGCAGAAAAAACAUUCGUUAGUGAGUUAGAAACAUACAUCCUUCAUUCACGCAAUUGCCAUCAAUGCUUCCAGUUGUUUGGUUUAUUCCGCAUCUGGGGGUAUCCCCAUGUGGAUGUGAUCGGUGGAAUAGACCAGGUAAAGUGCAUAUCAAAACAGGUUGAAGAGGUCGACUUGCACAUAGGUUUCAUUAUCCGAUACAUGGCAAGGAAGCUUGUUGUCUCAUAUAUACUAAGCGAAAUGCACGACUACCCCCCGGACAUACUCUGA